AGCUGGAGAUAAGGUUGACACCAGGUGUAAAGUCCGAAGCACGAAAACCGUUAGAUUAUACUAUCAGUACUAGAAAAAGCUGAAAAGUGAUCCAUGGUCAUUUCCGUGAAAAAAGAAAAUUUCUCCUCUUUAAUUAAAAAACACAAUGGGUGAACCUGAGCCAUCAGAGGAAGAUGUUAUGAAAGUUCUAAUAGCCACAGACUGUCAUCUAGGUUAUGCUGAGCGAGAUGCAGUUAGAGGUAAUGACUCAUUUGUCACCUUUGAGGAGAUACUUAGCACAGCUAAUACUGAAAAUGUAGAUAUUAUUCUCCUUGGUGGCGAUCUGUUUCACGAUAACAAACCCUCGAGGAAGACCCUUCAUACCUGUAUGCAACUACUACGCAAGUACUGUAUGGGAGAUAAACCCGUCAAUAUAGAGUUUCUCAGUGAUCAGUCAGAAAACUUCAAAUAUAACAGCUUUCCUUUUGUAAAUUAUGAAGAUCCUAACUUGAAUAUAUCUACUCCAGUGUUUUCAAUUCAUGGUAAUCAUGAUGAUCCAGCAGGUCAAGGAAAUCUCUGCUCCCUGGACCUACUUAGUGUCAGUGGUUUGAUUAAUUACUUUGGGAAGUGUACAGACUUGGACAACGUAAAGAUAUCUCCUCUUCUCAUGCAGAAAGGUGAAACAAAACUGGCUCUGUAUGGAUUGGGUUCAAUUCGUGAUGAACGGCUACAUCGCAUGUUUAGAGAAGGCAAGGUUAGCAUGCUUCGUCCACGGGAGGACAGCGAAACUUGGUUUAACCUUUUUGUUGUGCAUCAGAACAGAAGUAGACAUGGAUUGACUAACUACUUACCAGAACAGUUUUUAGACGAUUUUCUAGACUUGGUGAUUUGGGGACAUGAACACGAAUGUAGAAUUAAACCAGAAUGGAAUGGACAACAAAAUUUUUAUGUUUGUCAACCUGGCAGUUCGGUGGCCACUUCUCUUUGUCCUGGUGAGGCUGUUCCAAAGUGUAUAGGAAUGCUCAAUAUUUAUAAAAAGAGCUUCAAACUGUCCAAGAUCCCGUUACAAACAGUCAGACAGUUUUACAUUGAAGAUAUAGUUCUAUCAGAAACUAGUCUUAACCCUGAGGAUCCUGAUAUCGCUGAACGUGUUCUAGAAUAUUGCUGUGAAAGGGUGGAGAAUUUGAUAGAUAAGGCUGUUAGUGAUCACACAGGUAACAUUCAGUUACAGGUUUGAUAGGUAAGGCUGUUAGUGAUCACACAGGUAACAUUCAGUUACAGGUUUGAUAGGUAAGGCUGUUAGUGAUCACACAGGUAACAUUCAGUUACAGGUUUGAUAGGUAAGGCUGUUAGUGAUC